AUGCCUGAAACCACUCAACCCCUCCCAUCCCAGCAGAUGACCGCCCCCAACACAAACACGAACGAAGCAUCGCACGCCUUGAACGAACAGCCCAAACCUCAAGAACCCAUGACCAUGAGCCUGCGCGGUGGAGGAGAAGGGGAGGAUGUCUGCUGCGGCCUCUGCGCCGGUCUCGCGUGCUUCGAGUGCCUCAAUUGCUGCUGCUAG